ACUGCAGCCCUCUACCAGAAUUCUCGGUUAGCUAGGUCGCCCAGUGUCGCCACAAUAUAUCGAUGAAUCAGUUGCUUUGACAUUUUAAGUGACGGCUAAUAACAAUUAAGAUUAUUUAAUUUCUAACCACUGUUUCCGACUUAAUAAAAUGAACAGACUUUUCGGACGUGCAAAACCUAAAGAACCACCACCAAACAUUACAGACUGUAUCGCUGGGGUUGACAGCAGAGCUGAUUCCACGGAAAAAAAGAUAGCAAAAUUAGAUGCGGAAUUGAAGAAAUACAAAGAUCAAAUGGUAAAAAUGAGGGAAGGUCCUGCAAAGAACGCAGUGAAAGCCAAGGCAAUGCGCGUUUUAAAACAACGAAAAAUGUAUGAAGCCCAAGUAGAUAAUUUGCGUCAACAGGCAUUUAACAUGGAACAAGCAAACUAUGCUACUCAAACUUUGAAAGACACCCAAUCAACCGUAGUUGCUAUGAAGGAAGGAGUCAAACAGAUGCAAAAAGAAUUUAAGAACAUCAAUAUAGAUCAAAUUGAGGAUCUCCAAGAUGAUUUAGCCGACAUGCUGGAGCAAGCGGAUGAAGUACAAGAAGCGUUGGGUCGUAGCUAUGGAAUGCCAGACAUAGAUGACGACGAAUUAGCCGCUGAACUAGAAGCCCUUGGAGAUGAUUUGGCUAUAGACGAAGACACGAGUUAUUUAGACGACGCCAUAAAAGCGCCUAGUGCUCCCGACAAAGAACCUGGCGCAAGUUCAGUGAGAAACAAGGAUGGUGUUUUGGUGGAUGAAUUUGGUUUGCCACAAAUACCGGCUAGUUAAAUCCGUAAUGUAAAAUACUUCUGCGAUAUAAGGUAAUGUUAUGAUGUCCAAAGACGUUAAGUUCUGAAAAGAUACUAAAAUAAUUCAUGCAGCCGUAUACUUUAUACGACGUACUAAGUAUUCGAAAUGUUGAAACUUAGCGAUACAAACUUUCGCAAGCUAUGUCUUUAAGAAUUAAUACCACUUUGUUAUUGUCAAUGUACAAGCUAUUAUUUUUAAUAAAAUGCGCUUACGUUG